UAGGACCCCCGCGGCCGGAAGAAUGAGCCUGUCCUUGCUCUUCCUCUUCUUCUGCAGCCACCUGAUCCUCAGCGCUUGGGCUCACGGGGAGAAGCGUCUCACUCCCGAAGGGCAACCCGCGCCUCCUAAGAACCCGGGAGACUCCAGCGGCAGCCGGAGCAGAAGUAGCGCGACGUUUUCUUCGUCUUCUGCCUCCUCCCCAGUCGCAGCUUCUCCGGGCAGCCAAGGAAGCGGCUCGGAGCAUAGCAGUUUCCAGUGGAGCCCUUCGGGGCGCCGGACCGGCAGCCUGUACUGCAGAGUGGGCAUCGGUUUCCAUCUGCAGAUCUACCCGGAUGGCAAAGUCAAUGGCUCCCACGAAGCCAGUGUGUUAAGCCAAAUUUACAGAUGACUGUAAGUUCAGGGAGAGAUUCCAAGAAAACAGCUAUAAUACCUAUGCGUC